AUGACCAAUUCUUUCCUUUGCAGCUGCAGCCGCCUUCGACAAAUUCAGAGCAUCCUGACACAGAGCAGCAAAUCUCAGCCUGAUGGAAUCCUUUGCAUUUUAGGAAUUGAUAGCCGAUACAAUGAAGGUUGCAGGGAACUGGCAAACUACCUGCUUUUUGGCUUGUACAACCAGAGUAACAAUGACUUUGAGAGAACUGGGUUUCCCGAAGAAGUUCUGGAUGAUAUAAUCCUAUUAAUAAAACCUGACAGUGUUCAUCUGUACUGUAACCCUGUGAAUUACAAUCAUCUUUUGCCAUAUGUGGCUUACUGGAGAAACUUGCAUUUUCACUGUCUAACUGAAAAUGAGUACGAAGAUGAAGAAGCUGCUGAGGAAUUCAAAAUUUCCAGCUUUGUAGACAUGGUUCGAGCUUGCAGUCGCAUUGGAAUUCCGUACAGCUGCCAAGGUCAUCUACAGAUAUUUGAUAUGUUCAUUGUUGAAAAGUGGCCAAUAGUGCAGGCUUUUGCACUGGAAGGAAUUGGGGGUGAUGGCUUCUUUACAAUGAAAUAUGAAUUAAUGGACGUCAGCGUUGAUCUGUGGAAAACAUACAGUAAAAUGGAUCCUGUUUCCCUGGAGGACUUGGUUUUUGAGGACUUAAUGACUUUCGAACACCAGUGGACCAACUUUUUUGCUAAUUUUGAUACUGAAAUUCCUUUCAUUCUGGAGCUAUCAGAAUCUCAGGCAGGGGAGCCUUUCAGAAGUUAUUUCAGUCAUGGGAUGAUUUCCAGCCAUAUAACAGAUAACAGCCCUAGCAGGCAGCCAUUUGUUCUGUUUGGGAGCCACUCAACUAAGGACAACUUGAACUCCGGUAACUUUAAUUUUCCCUCAGAAGGACAUCUGGUUCGAAACACCGGCCUUGGYGGUAGCACCGCUAAGCAUAUGGUUGUGCAGUGCGUAUCUCCAAAGGGACCUCUGGCUUGUGCAAGGACCUAUUUCUUUGGAACCACUCACAUUCCUUUGCUGGGAAAUGACAAUGAGGUGCACAAGAAGGCUGAGCACGUUAUGCUGUUGUCGCAAAUAUAUACUGCUGUUGUAGAGGCUGUGCUUGCUGGCAUUGAGUGCUAUGCUAAAACUUCCACUGAAUCCAAGGCAAAGGAGGUAGCAGAGCAGAUGCUUAUGUCUGCGUUAGAUACCCUUCAUUUAACACAACUCAAACCUGCAUURCGCUCCAAAAUCUCUUUUCAAAUUCAGGCUGUGAACAAUCAUGGAAGAAUUACUCCAUUAGAUAACGAGGAUAGCCUGAAUUUGGUUAAAACGGCGUCCAUGACAGUGUUUGACAUUCCAGACUUGCUCACAGGAAGAGGAUGCUUGGGAUCCGUAGUCUUCUCCGAAUCUUUUCUAACCUCAAGGAUACAUGUAAAAGAAAAAGAUGGCAGUAUUAGUUCAGAAACCAGCCACAUAAUCUUGACUGCAGUUAUUCCAAGAUACGCAUCUUGGCUGGUAGAAGAUAGUGAUGUGAAACUAUCUGAAAAGGCACAACAUAUACUGAAGGAGGAUAAAUCCUUUUUGGGCACUUUACUUGCUGGAGGCGACGGAGCACACGUUUGUUCUAGCAACCCGCAGGCCAUGCCUGCAGAAGGAAAAUUGUACUUCUUUUCAGAUGGCAUUCUCUUUUCUCAUCCUCACUAUGGCAGCAUUUCCAUUUCAAAGAACCAUAUGAAUUCCAUUUCUUUCUACGAUGGGGAUUCAACCAGUGUUGUUGCCGCUCUCUUUAUAGACUUCAAAAGUUCCUUGCUUGUGCAUCUACCGAUUGAAUUCCAUAGCCAAGGAAAUUUAUUGAUGAUUGCACUUUUCCCCAAAACAAUGAUUUAUAAAGCCUUCUAUUCACAGGUUUUUUCCUUGUGGCAAAACCAGACGGGCUCAGGAUUGUGUUUAAAAGUUGUCCAGGAAGAAUUCCUGUCCGUGGAACAAAAGAGACUACAUUCCAGUGUUCAGAAGCUGUUUAAUGCCUCGUCCCUUCCUUCUGGGGAAAGAUGCAGCCAGCUGAARCUGUCGGCUUCCCUCCCAGACUUGGAAAGGUUUCUGCAACAUUUCWCUGUCAGCAGCGUCAGUCAUGAGCCGGUCAUGAGAGCACAUCUUCCUAUUUUAUUGCAACAGUCAGAAAUCAUUCCUGAAAAAGCAGAAAGUGAUAAGGUGGUCAUCACAAUUAUUACCGGCCUUCCAGGCUGCCGCUGCAGUGAUCUCUGCACUUUCCUCAUCAGUUUUAACAAGGAGCGUGGAAGGUGGCUCGUGUAUCGACAAACUCUGGAUAGUCCUGAGUGUUUCAGUGCUGCCCACUUCCAGCGUUACCUCUCCGGUGUCCUGGAGGCCCAACAGAACCCCAGCGCCCGCCAGGCCGCUUACGCCAGGAAGAGCAAGCGACUCUUAGUGGUCCUGCAAGGAUACACUGAUAUUAUUGAUGUUGUACAGGCUCUACAAACUCAUCCUGACCCGAAUGUGAAGUCGUCUUUCAUCAUUGGAGCAAUUAAUACUUGUGUAGAGCCACUGAGUUGCUAUAUGGAGCACAGACUUCUUUUUCCCAAGUUCUUGGACCAGUGUUCACAAGGCCUUGUGAGUAACAUCAUUUUCACAAGUCACACUGCUGAGCAGAAGCAUCCGCUGCUUGUGCAGCUGCAAAACCUCAUCCGGGCAGCAAAUCCCACCGUCUCGUUCAUCCUGGCAGAAAAUGGAGUUGUAACUAGGAAUGAGGAUAUUGAAUUAAUUCUCUCGGAAAGCAGUUUUUCAAAUCCUCAGAUGAUGAGAGCUCGAUAUUUAAUGUAUCCUGGCUGGUAUGAAGGCAAAUUUGGAGCUGGGUCUGUCUUUCCACCAAUGGUUCAGAUCUGCGUGUGGUUUAAUCGUCCUCUAGAAAAAACACGAUUUGUGACCAAAUGUAAAGCGAUCAAGUCAUUGCUCAAAUCGAGUCCUUUCUCUGGAAACAUAUACCACAUCAUGGGCAAAGUUAAGUUUUCAGAUUCUGAUAAAAUGAUUGAAGUCUGUCACAAUACAUCAUCUAAUUUGCUAAGCCUUGUGCCUGUUCAGGAGGGGCCAACUCCUCCUGAUACAAGAAAUGAUAAUAGAGAGUGCAGCAGUCAGCAGGAGUAUUUCCUUGUGUUCAUUGGCUGCUCUCUUAAGGAAGAGGAUAUAAAAGACUGGCUCAGAGAAACUGCCAAACAGAAACCUCAGAGGAAAGCCCUGAAAACCAGAGGAAUGCUAACCCUUCAGGAAAUAAAAAACAUUCAUGUGAAACGCCACUUGGAUCCACUUCCAGCUGGUUAUUUUUACAAUGGGACUCAAUUUGUGAAUUUUUUUGGUGACAAAAUGGAUUACCAUCCACUAAUGGACCAAUUCAUGAACGAUUACUUGGAAGAAGCCAACAGAGAAAUAGAGAAGUACAACAGAGAACUAGAAGAACAAGAAUAUCAUGAUCUCUUUGAGCAGAAGACAUAAGCAUGUGCAUUCGGUGGAUUUCCGAAGCGUCUACAGUCAGUAACCAAAAAUGCUGUUGUCCUUGCUGGUUAACUAAAAAAUUAGAAGUGAAAUACCUGUUUUCAGCACUCCUUUUAAAAGAAAGAGAUCACUCCUGUAAGGUUGGCAUUUUAAUCUGGUGACUGCUUAGCUGUUUGUACUGUGAGGUUUGCUUCCACUUCACCUUCAUUCCAGAUUGUAAAAAGCAUCACCUGGAAUCUCUGGCUAGUAGUGGAAACGUAUCCAAAAGAAGAAGAAGAAGAAAAGAAGCAAAGCUGUUUUCUGGUAGAUCAAAAUGUAAUCAUGGAAUUGGUCUGUCGUGCAGAUGAUCAAAGCAGUUUCUUCACUAGGUGUCCCUUGUUGCACUGAUUUGGCGUUGAAAGGCAGCGGGGUACUGCAGCGUGUGGGACUGGGGGAUGUUCCUAAAGCGAGAAAUGGGGGAACAUUUUAAAAGCUCCAGAGAGGGUGCCUAAUCCUACUGCUGUCAGGGUGUUCCUAAAGCGAGAAAUGGGGGAACACGUAGCCCCUCUGCCUUCUUCCAAAUGCACUGUGCACUCUUUGAUUCUGCACUUGAAAUUUUUGUUUUUUUUUCCCUUCUUUCUGAAAAUACGUUUAUACAUUUCAGGGGAAAAGAACAUGCGGGGAGAUAUGUUUCCUCCCAGUUCUAUAAAAUGCAUUACACUGGUUGGUGUAAUCAUGACUUGAUGUUGCUUAAAGAUUAUCUUGAAAGAUUCUUACUUCAGUAGUAAAAACCAAGUCAAGCAAGAAAAGGGAGAGGGCACGAAAAGCCAGGAUUCUUCAGCUAAAUAAUUCCACUUUGUGGAAAUAACUUAUUCCCAAAGGUGAGAAAUAUCAAAAUGAAUGUUUUGAAGAUGAGAAACCUUGUUUGUGGAGCCUUUCAGAAGAAUUUGCACACUGACGUUUUAGAAAGCUGAUACACUAGGUGUCAAGUACUUGCAGCAAAUCCUCUACAGCUAUUAAAUGAUACUGCAGUAGGAAUUAUAGCAACAUAUCCCUAAGUUAAUUUAGUGCAAUUUGAAGUGACACUAUAGAUCUUUGGCUGAAGCUCUAUAAGGUACCUUAGCAGCUACUUAAACAUAAUUAUUGCUUAUUCAAAUUAUCAGAUUACAGUAGCGUGCUAUGUGCUACGAAUUCAGAGAAGUGGAAAGCAGCCUGGGAAGGAUUUUUGAUUUUCAGAUUCCUUUGCCUUAGGAACAGCUUGAUCUCUUAAUGUAGCUGUGAUCUUUUUGGCCAGGUCUGUGUAAUGCACUAAGAAAUCACUGCAGAAAUAGUUACACUUAACUGAAAUCCAUGCAGUGUCAUUUUUAUGAGAGGAGAAAGAUAUAGCUCCUGCUCCCAAACCUAAGGCUGUGUACAAUAAUACGCUGUGGGGAAGUAUAUUUUUUACCUUUGGAAUCUGAAAAGGCUGAAAUGUUAAUAAACCUGUCAAAAAUUGAAGCACCAUCUAGGUAGACUUUAGUCUGUGUUGCUACUAGCUGACUUGGUGCCUGUACUGUGGUGCUUAUACAGUAUAGACGUGGAAUUCCAGGUGCUGCAGAUUGGGAUAUAAAUGUGAUAAGGUUUCRUUAAUAGCUUUCCUACUAGACUGAAAUUGUCUGAAUUUAAUGAUUUUUUUGCACACCACGAGACUUUAUUGAAACUACUUGUAUCCUGUUGAAGUACAGUAAAAGCCAGCAAUUAGGUUGUGUUUUUUAGGCUUUCGGGGGUAACCCGUGUCACAGGUAUAGAGCGUCAUGAUAAGGCUCGUGAGUUAUCUAUGCAUGGCUAUACUUUAGUCUUAAUAUACUGUAGUGCCUGGUAGAGUAAAUAUAGCUAGCAGUGGAUCCAGGGGCACUAGUGGGUGGUGAUAAACUAAGUACAGUUGGCUGCAUGAAACUAUAUGUCAAACGAGGAUUAUUAAAGUAGAGAAUUCUGAAGGUAAAACUGCAAUAAAAGGGGCAUUAGGAAAAUUUAAAAACCCUCGUAGCUAUUUGCCAAUAAACUUAGUGUUAAGCCCAGUGUGCUCCAUUCCAGUAGGAGUUAUCUAAUCUGCAAAGCCAUAUUUCUAGAGUAGUGGGAUGACUCUGUAAUGUCAGAAGAAGCAGCGGCCGUUGAGACGAGCAGCACCUUGAUGCUUGGGCUCAGCCCGCGAGUCGAGAAGAGCGUAGGUUUAAGUGCAAUUGAUGAAAUGAUAGCUGAAGAUACUGUAGCUUGUUGGUUUGCUCUGCUSAACUCUUUUUAAGAACUCCAAUUUGUGCAAGCCUCGAAAAUAAAGGGGCUAAUUCAGCCGGGUUGGCAAUAGGGAUUUGUAAUUGCAGCUGAGAAAUGCCCGGUGAUUCAAAAGAAAAUACAUAUAUAAAACUGGCCAGCUACUGUGCAAAUUGAGCAGUUUUUUAAAAACCGAGUCGGAAGAGCUCCAAACAAAGCCCUAGUAUCCUUAUAUACUGUACUGCAUGCUAUAUGAUAAUAACUGUGUAAUAUGAAGACCUUUCACCAUACUGGUACUGUUUCAAUUAAUAUAUUUUGGUAUUGAAAUCAUUUGAUUACCUCAAUUUUUUUAACAAAAAAAAAAAAAAACAAAAAACUGUGACUUUAAAAUAAAACAAACAAAAAAAAUACCGAAAUAGUGAAACUGUGACGAUAGUAUCCUUUAAAUACAGUAGUGCCUUGCAGAUGACGCCAUGGGUGCUCUAAGCAUAAAAUAAAUGGACGUCAUGGGUUGUAUUGCUUGCAGCCUCUUUUUUAAAGGAAAAACGGUUUUGGUGAAAGGACUUUCAAGUUAACCUAGUGAGAAAUAUUAGCACAAAUGGUUAAACUGUUUUUUUAAAAAAAAAAACUCUUUGAGGACUAAAAUAAAUAGCUGCUGMUGAUGAUACUUUAAUAGCAGUUGCUGAUUAUUUUGGAGUUACUUCUUAUGGUCAGCAGCACUUUUUUUUUAAUGAGAACUUUUGUACUCUGGUCAGAGAUGUUUGUACUGUAUCGAAACCCAUCUGUAGGGUAAUCUGGUUUUCUCACCCUUUUGAAGUUGGGGUGAGGAUUAAGUUACUUCAAAUGAUCUAGUUUUUUAGCUACUGUAAAAACUAUUAAAAAAAACCCUACAAUUUCUAAACCACAAAUGUUUGGAUACAUUAAAAGUGCCAUUAUACUGUUCCUUGAUCUUGUGCUGUAUUUUGAAAACCGGUAACAGUAAAUUUGUGUCCAGGCAUUUCUGAUAUUGUGGAGAAAUGCUCAGAGUCCUCAAGGGGUUUACAUGCUUUGCUGACCGUCACGUUAGCAGCUCGUGUUGUUUCUCUUCCCCUCACAGAGAAUGAGUGUGAUCAGAAGUUACUGAAGUUAUAGGGAGAAAAAUGUGAUAAAUUUAGGAAAGGAUUGCUUGCAACUUGAGCUGCACUGCAAUCUAGGAGUAUUUUAUAUGAAGCUGUGCAAUUUGGUUAUUUGUCUGUUUUUACACUUGGCAUUUGGCAAAACUGAUUGCAGGGAGGAUUUAAGUUGCAGGUAAAAGUUCCUUACUAAGUUUUUUUUUUAUUUUUUUUUUAAUUGACUUUUCUGAAUUUGCACAGAUUUAAGCUCUAGAAUACUUUGUUGGUAUUCUUAAAAGGGAAAAUUGUAACUAG